AUGGUUGCAGUAGUUUUCUUUGUAAGUGGUUAUUAUCCAGUUAUACUUGGAUGGUGUUUAUACUACCUUUACUUAUCGUGUACUCUUCCGUCACUACCAACUACUGAACAGGCUGGUUUAGAAAUUUUCACCAACUACACACAGCAUUCAUACUGGCCAGUAUUCACUCAAAUUCUAGCGGUUACACUCAGUGGUAUUUGUUUAUUAGGUGGAAUCAAAUGGAUUGAAAGAGUCAAUAUGGUUCUAGUUCCAUUGCUUUUGUCAAUUGUGAUUUUUACAUUUGGUUGGUCAUUAACAAGACAAUAUGCUGAAGUUGGCAUUGUAUUUCUUUUCACACCAUCAUGGGAAAGCUUUUUAGACCCCAGUAUGUGGAUCGCAGCGGCCGGUCAAAAUGCAUUCGAUACCAACGCUGGUAUGGCUGUUCUGGCAACUUACUCUACUUUUAUGUCACGGGACUCAAGGAUAGUUUCGUAUAGCUUCCUUAUUCCUAUUGUCAACAAUGUCGUUAGCUUCUUCGCAUCAAUCACAAUCUUUUCGACUGUAUUUUCAACAAUCAUACAAACAAAUCCGACAGCUACCCGUUCAGCUAUUGUAAGGAUUAUAAAGACUGCUGGGCCUGGUAGCACAGGACUUACUUUCACCUGGAUACCUGUACUAUUUUCAAAAGUUGGUAUAUUUGGUCGAGUUUUAUGUGCCUUAUUCUUUUUAUGUCUUGUAUUUGCUGGAAUUAGUUCAUUAUUAUCAUUAACUCAAGUACAUGUUCUUGCUAUGAAAGAUUUUAAUGUACCACAUCGACUAGCAGUUGGAAUUGCUUUAUUAGCUUCAAUGAUUAUUGGUCUUCCAUCUGCAAUUAAACUGGAGUUUCUUACAAAUCAAGAUAAUACAUGGGGCUAUGGUCUUAUAGUAUCUGGAUUUUUAUUCUGUCUAGUUGUUAUUGUUUACGGACCGAAUCGAUACAGACGUGUCCUAAUAAAUGACUAUGGAAUAAAUGAUUGUAACUUGAGUGUUAUUUGGAUUCCAGUAAUUGCAGUUUUAGUGCCUUUACAAUCAAUCAUAUUAAUUAUAUGGUGGAUAUAUGAAUCUGUCACAACAGAUCCAACUUGGUAUAUUUUAACUUGGGAUACUUUAUCGACAACAUUAUUAGAAUGGUUAAUUUUACUGAUUGGUCUAUUGAUAUUAAAUUGGAUUCUAUAUCGAACAAACUUAUUGAGUGGAGCUCUAAAAAGAUCUCAUGGUUGUGAUCCAUACAAUCCAUCUACUUAUGUUAAUAAAGAUGAUUUUCAAGGUGAUGAAAUUGAUGUAGAAGAAAUGAAUGUAUUUUACUCAAGUAAUACUGUGCAAACACGCCUUUAA